AUGUCUGCCACCACACAGGAAGAAAAGUCGCCCAAGCAGCUGGCUUACGAAAAGUUUGAGAAUGUCUUCAAGGACACCCUGGUCGAGCAGAUUCUUGGUCACGCCAAGAAGUACAAGCUGCCUGCUGAAUACCUGACAUACUUUGAAAAGUCUCUGAGAGCAAACACUCUGGGUGGAAAAUGCAACCGUGGUAUGUCAGUGCCCGACUCGACUGAGCAGCUGCUGGGCAGGGAACUCACUGCUGAGGAGUACGAGUCAACUGCCAUUCUCGGCUGGUUGAUUGAGCUGCUCCAGGCCUUCUUCCUCGUCUCGGAUGACAUCAUGGACAGCAGCAUCUCCCGCAGAGGUGAGCCCUGCUGGUACCGCCAAAAGGAUGUCGGCAUGGUGGCCAUCAACGAUGCUUUCAUGCUCGAGUCUGCCAUCUACAUGCUGCUGAAGCAGUAUUUCAAGGCUCACCCCGCAUACGUUGACAUGGUUGAACUUUUCCACGAGACCGCCUGGCAAACAGAGAUUGGCCAGCUGUGUGACCUGCUCACGGCCCCCGAGGGACGCCCCAACCUCCACAACUACAGCUUGGAGAAGUACACGCAUAUUGUGGUCUACAAGACCGCCUACUACAGCUUCUACCUGCCAGUUGCCCUGGCCCUGCACUACCUUGACAUUGCCACGCCCAAGAACCUGAAGCAGGCCGAGGACAUUCUGAUUGCCAUGGGAGAAUAUUUCCAAGUCCAGGACGACUUCCUUGACUGCUUCUUUGGCACCAAGGACGUUAUUGGCAAGGACGGAACCGACAUUCAGGACAACAAGUGCUCGUGGCUCGUCAACCAGGCCCUCAAGAUUGCUACCCCCGAGCAGCUCAAGGUCCUCGAGGACCACUACGGCAAGAAGGAUGAUGCCGAUGUCGCCAAGGUCAAGGAGCUCUACAACGAGCUGGACCUGAAGAACAAGUACUACGCCUACGAGGAAAAGGUCGUUGGCGAGAUCAAGGAGCGCAUCGCCCAGAUCGACGAGAACGAGGGACUUAAGAAGUCCGUCUUUGAGACUUUCCUCAACAAGAUCUACAAGCGCAGCAAAUAA